AUGCGUUCUCGAUUCAGUGGUAGUGUGAGCAAUGCUAACACUUCUGUGCCCUCGGCGUCUUCUACAUCUGCCAACCGCCUUGUUCUGUUACGACCUGACAAAAAGGUCAUCGAUGAGGUGUACAAGAGGCUGGAAAAGCUUGUACGUCUGUGUCAGCAUCCUAGACUCCAGCUACGCAACAGUCCGCCCUACCUGCUCGAAAUACUUCCUGAUAUGUACGAGAAGCUGAAGGCUAUAAUCACAGCCUACAGCAGCACACUCGAUGAGCUCUUCAAUACCCUCUACUUCCAAGUCUUUCUUAAUAAUCUCAUCAAUAAGUGCAAAUCCACCUCGAAGCUCUUCAAGGAGGCCAAGGAACUGAUGUAUGAUGAGCAGUCGGAGUAUCGACGAAAACUGACCAAAAACUCGCUGGUAUUUUCGCACAUCCUCAAAGACCUGGAGGCACUCUACCCCAACAACCAUUUUUCACCCGAAAACUUCCGUAUAACCAAGAAAGAGGCCGCAGAAUGGUGGCGAAGUCAUUUCGACUACAGUCCCAUCGUGCCUUGGCAGUUGUUUCAGGCGGCACUGUCAGAGAGUUUUCACAUUGACUGCAGAUCUGAGUUCCGUGCCCUGCAGAAUACCAUCGACCUCACGUGCAAUGACUAUGUCUCAGUGUUCGAGUUUGACGUGUUUGUGCGCCUUUUCCAGCCCUGGAACAAUGUCAUUGAGACCUGGAAGGCCCUGGCCAUUCUUCAUGCCGGCUACAUGGCCUUUAUGACCUAUGACGAGGUGAAAGCCGUACUCAAACGGUUUCGUCAUCACCCUGGUCCGGGCAGUUACGUCUAUCGGUUGUCCUGCACUAAACUUGGCCAAUGGGCCAUUGGUUACAUUACGCAAGAUCGUCGCAUCCUUCAAACCAUCAUUCAAAACAAGUCUCUGGCGCAGGCCCUCAUUGACGGUGAACGGGAGGGGUUUUACCUUUAUCCCAACGGAACCCCCAGUCAGUCCUCCAUCUUGUCCUCACUGGUGGAAAACCUGCCGCAGACACACUUGCGUGUAUCUCAGGAGCAGUACCAACUCUACUGUAAGAUGGGCUCCACUUUCGAGUUGUGCAAGAUUUGCACCGAAAACAACAAGAAUGUACAACUGGAACCCUGUGGCCACCUGCUUUGCAAGAGUUGUUUGAUUAGUUGUCAGGGUUCUGGUACCGGCCAGACUUGCCCCUUUUGCCGCCUAGAGAUAAAAAGUAUUGAGGAGAUCAUACUGGAUCCGUACUUGCCGGAUGAAGAUGCAACAGAAUCAUCUCACGAGUUAUCCAACGAUCAUUCUCAAGAACUGGAUCCCCCAGAUGAGGGACAACGUCACGAUGGAGCCAAGCUCCCCUUUGUCACUCAACCCUCCACC